AUGAACACAUCGCUGCUUGUAUGUAAAGAACUUCUCAAAAUUCAAGUAGGCCUGGACGAUUUGAAAAACGACGUCAGUAGCAAUGAAACCCUAAGGCAGCUGGACAUUCUAAAAGCUCAAGCAACGUGUCACAUCGAAGCUUUCACCUCACAAUUUUUGCCGUUCAUAGAAUUUGUCAGAUUCCUUCUGCAUUACGGGACGUCAGUGAUCGUAGCAAUUGGCGUCGUUUUAAACGCUGUGUCAUUUGUCGUCUUACUUCAAAAGAACAUGCGACGUUCGGCCUCUAGCCUGUUUCUGUCGGUGUUAGCCAUUUACGACUCGUUAGCUCUUCUGUUAAACUUUAUGAUCGGCGUUAUUCGUGGGCAAAAUCCAGGGGCAAACCAGAACUUCAUGGAUAGCCAGUUCUUGUGCAAAUUUCAUGGAGUUCUGGUGGAAGUUUUUAACCUGCUUUCCGUCUGGACCAUCGUGGCCUUCACCAUAGAGCGGUUCAUCAUCGUCAAGUUCCCGCUGAAAGCAAAACUAUUCACCACAGUCAAGACGCUGUUGAUCAUCGGCUGCGUCUCCAUGGCUGUUCUGAUAUUCUCUUGUCAUAAGAUUUUCGUCACGGGUUUUGAAGGGGAUUCGGUGUUCGGGUACAAAGGCUGCCAGACAGAUCGCGCUAGGAUACCUGGAAUCGUUUAUUUCUACGUAGCCUUCAAUACCUGGCUGCCAACAAUCAUUAUCAUGACGUUCAACAUCGCCAUUAUUCGAGCAAUCAAAAUCCACCAAGCCAAAAGGGAGACAAUGACAACAACAACCUCCAGAACGGACGCUAAAGCAACUCGCCUCCUUCUUACAGUUUCCUUUGCCUACCUUCUAUUAGUGUUUCCUCUAGGUGUAAUCCAAACAAUCGAGCUUUUCUGGAACGCCAAGGUGAACUCAUCGGUGGUUACCGAUCCGGAUUAUGUCGACAACAGAAUUGUAAAAAUUAAACUGAAGUGGGUCAGAGCAUUUUUCUUCUUCUUCUACCAAAUAAAUUUCGCCGUUAACUUUUUCCUAUAUGUGUUUUCGUCCUCAGGAGCCAGGUUUCGGUAUAAUCUCCGGCGAUUGUUCGGCCUCAAAGCCCAGCCAUUGCUGAACGAGACCAUGGUCGAACCGUCUCGAAACGCUGUGGUCCCCGCGGAAAACACUUCGCUUCCGGCGUCACAGACAGAAACGUAA